AUGGCCAAGUCUGAGGCUGACAAACAUACGUCCUCAUACAAGAGAGAUGCCGCUACCGCAAACGAUCGAGCCAGAGAGAUAUCCAAGAAGGCCGAGCGGAAGCUGGCUCGGGCCGUUGCUUAUGCUCAUUUGCAAGCUAGGAGGCAGACCUUCGAGGAAGCAAGCGCCAAAGGUGUCGAUCUCUUUGCUGAGAUUGAGAAAGCCAGAGCCUUGGAGGAAGAAUCAGCACCUUCAACUACUUUGGACGAGGGUUCCGGAAGUGAUUUAGACAGUAGUGAGGGCAUUGGAGAAUUUUCCGAGAUGAGACCAUGCCCUCUCGGAGAGGAGGGAGGAUCAUCGGCUUCGGGGCCGAAGAAUGAUAACAAGCGUAAGGAGUCCUCGGUGGGCGAGGAGAUUUAUUGUGAGGCAGGGUCUGUUUGGAGGUGUAAAGGAGAUGCAACCGUUGAGGCCUUUGACAAGCUCAAGUCCAAGCUGCUCCGCUGCGAAGCCAGGUUGCGGAAAGCUUUGGACGGGGAGAAAUCCCUCAGGCUUCUUUGCGAUAAAAGGGCAAGGGAGUUGAUACACCUUCGAUACGAGAUGAAUCGGAGCCAGAACUACAAAGGUUGCCUCGAGAGACAGUUUCAGAGAAAGACGAAGGACCUGGAACGCCUUUGGGGCAGAGCUAGUCAGGCCAAGUAUGAGUGUAAUGAGCUAAAGGCUCAGAUAUAUGCCCAAGUUGCGGGCAAGAAGAAUGCUUUGGCCAAGAUGAAGGUCGAGGUCGUGGACGCCUGGGCUGAAGCUGAAGAGAUUCGAGCUAAGGCUGAUAAGAAAGUGGCUGUCUAUUUAAAAGAAGCUGCCGACGCUUAA